AUGUCUUCCGUUGCUGUCAAGGUCCUUGCUGCCAUCGUGGCUGGAGCCACUUCAGUUGCCGCCCACGGUCAUGUCACCGGUAUCAAUGUGGCCGGCACCUGGUACGAAGGCUAUGACCCGACUUCCUUCCCUUACAUGACGGACCCUCCGACCGUCGUAGGCUGGACCGCCUCCGACACAGACAACGGCUUCGUGGCCCCGGACGCCUACGCCUCAGGGGAUAUCAUCUGCCACAAGUCUGCCACCAAUGCCAAGGGCUACGCGACAGCCAAGGCCGGCGAUACCAUCGAGGUCUACUGGAACACCUGGCCCACCUCCCACAAGGGCCCCGUCAUCGACUACCUGGCCAAGUGCGCCGGCGACGACUGCACGACGGCGGACAAGACGGCGCUCGAGUUCUUCAAGAUCGACGCUGUGGGGCUGGUCUCGGCCUCUGCCGGCACAUGGGGUGCGGACGAGCUGAUCAGCAACAACAACUCGUGGGUCCUGCAGAUCCCGCCGACCCUCGCGUCGGGCAACUACGUCCUGCGCCACGAGAUCAUCGCGCUGCACUCCGCCAACAACGCAGACGGAGCCCAGAACUACCCGCAGUGCUUCAACCUCGCCAUCACUGGCACGGGUGACCUCCAGCCCUCGGGGACGCUGGGCGAGGCCCUUUACAAGGAGAGCGAUGCCGGGAUCUCGGUGAACAUCUACAACUCCCUCACGAGCUAUGACAUCCCCGGUCCAGCCCAGAUUGCCGCGGGGACGAACCUGCCCCAGUCCGCCAUCCCGAUCACUGCCAGUGCCAGCGCCGUCACUAGCCUCUCCGGAGCUACAGGCGCUGCUGCGGCGACUUCGUCGGCUGCUCAGGCCACCUCAACCGGCGAUGCCCCAGCCUCUGGUGCCCCGGCCCAGACGCCGUCUGCUGCGGCCCCAACUGGCGCGCCUGCGGCCUCCCAGACAAGCUCAGCUUCUGCUGCCGCUACGUCUGCUGCCAAGUCCUGCAAGAAGCGUCGCCACGCCCGCGACGUCUCGAGGCUCUAG